AUGGCAACGUCACAAAUGGGAGGGCCUCGUGUGAUGCUGCCAAGCAUGAAAGAGCGGGCAACUGGCAAAGAAGAGGAAGAUCUCGAUGAGCGGAGCACCUGCUACCCCGAGUCGCCGCAUUCAAGCCACGGCGGCAGUUUUUCAGGGGAGCAGGAGACGCUGGAGGAGGAGACGCUUGAGGAGGAGGCGGCAGAGGAGGAGGAGGAGGUUGUGAAUUUCAAGCCAGGGGGUCUGAGCCUGACCAAGGCGCGUGCCGUGAAGCUGCAGAUGGAGUUGAUGGCCCAAUACGGCGGGCCAGCCUUUCAGAACCAGCUCCAUGCACUUGCCCGCACGCAUGAGCCCGGCAGCAGCAAGUUUCGGUCGGGUCUGUGCAAGUUGGUGCGCCGUGUCCAGCUCGACGUCAUCCCCAGGUACGGCUUCAGCGCAUCUGAUGAAGGAGUCGAGAGCAUGCUGGUCCUCUUCCGAUCGCUGACGAAGGAUCCAGACAUUGAGGUCAAUGGUGUUGUCAUCAAUGACCUGCUGCAGGUGAAGCUUCCACCCAUGGAGACAAAUCACAGCAACAGGAUCAUCGAGAAACCUUUGUCCAAGUAUCGUCUCCUAGACAUGCUGCGUUGCCAACUCAUCGAGUUCAGCCAAGUCAAAUUCCAGAUGGAUGUGAAGGAACUGAAGAAGUGUGCCGACUACAACUCCGGCCGCGUCUUCGACCCAGCCAAGCCACUGGAGCGAGCCUUUGAAGACCCGGAGGGCUAUUUCCAUCUCGAAGGCCGAGCAGACCUGGCUUUCACGGUUCACAAAUUUCUGCUGCCUCGGUAUGGGUUCGAACCCUCCAAGGAAGGCGUGAAGGACAUGAUCCGCCACUGCGCUCCUUUUGUGCAGGACCCGGAGGUGGCGAAUCUCUUGGACUGCGUGAACGAGAAGUUGGGCAUGUCGGCCGCCGCGUGUCGACGCUUCCGGCAACUCAUCGCCCAGCUGACAUGA